UUUUUUUUUCUAUAGUUGAUCAUUCAUACAUUUAAGAAAAUGACCGAUAAAGUCAUCGAUCCCAGUAGUCUUUCUAAUCUCUCUGAGAUCCUUACUCAACAUGUUCAUUUUAACUGGACCAUUUCAUUUACUGAAAAGAAAAUCAGCGGUCAUGUCCUUUUAGACUUGAUCACUUUAGUUCCUAACGUGACUAAAGUUGUUUUGGAUACAAGCUAUCUUGACUUGAAAGGUGUUUCUAUGAAUGGUCAACAACUUGAAUAUUCUGUCGCGGAACGUCAUCUUAGUCUUGGUUCUGCUUUAACCAUUACACUUCCCGAAGCAUUAACUGAUAUUGGUACUAAAUUCCAAAUCAGAGUCGAUUAUUCUACUACUGAUAAAUGUACCGCUGUUCAAUAUUUGGAACCAGAACAAACUGUUGGAAAGAAGCAUCCUUAUUUGUUCUCUCAAUGUCAAGCUAUUCAUGCUCGUGCUUUCGCUCCCCUUCAAGAUUCACCUUCUGUUAAAUUAACUUACUCAGCUUCUGUCAAGUCACCUUUGCCUGUUGUUAUGUCAGCUCUUUUAGAAUCUUCUGAGGAGAAUGAUGAUGGUACAAAGACAUAUCAUUUUAAACAAAACACUACCAUUCCCUCUUAUUUGAUUGCCAUUGCUGCUGGUAACUUGGCUGGUCGUGAAAUUGGUCCUCGUUCUACUGUAUGGUGUGAACCUGAAGUAGUUGAUCAAGCUGCUUGGGAAUUUGAGGAUACAGAAAAGUUUAUUGCAACUGGUGAAAGUCUUUUAACUCCUUAUGAAUGGGGACGUUAUGAUCUUUUGGUAUUGCCUCCUUCUUUCCCUUAUGGUGGUAUGGAGAAUCCCUGUUUAACUUUUGUUACACCUACACUUUUAGCUGGUGAUAGAAGUGCAGUUGAUGUUGUUGCACAUGAAAUUGCUCAUAGCUGGAUGGGUAAUUUGGUCACUACAGCUAAUUGGGAACACUUUUGGUUAAAUGAAGGUUGGACUGUCUUUAUUGAGCGUAAAAUUGCUUCACGUCUUCAUGGUGAACCUGAAAGACAAUUCAGUUCUAUUAUUGGUUGGAAAGCAUUGAAGGAGAGUGUUGAACUCUUUGGACAAGAUUCUCCUGCUACUGUAUUAAAGCCUGAUUUGAGCAGUGGUAUUGAUCCUGAUGAUUAUUUCAGUUCUAUUCCUUAUGAAAAGGGUUUCAAUUUGCUUUAUCAUAUUGAAAAGGUUGUUGGUGGACCUGCUAUCUUUGAACCUUAUAUGAAAGCUCACGUUGAACGUUUUGCUUCCAAAUCUAUCACAACAGAAGAAUGGUUAGCCCAUCUUCAUGAAUAUAUGGAAACUCAUCAUGGUAAAGAAGUUGUUGAAAAGUUAAAGACAAUUGAUUUUGAUCUUUGGAUUAAUGGUACUGGUAUGCCACCUGUGGAUCCCAACUUUGAUACUAGUCUUGCUGAUGCUUGUUAUAACCUUGCCUCUCGCUGGGAUCAAGCUCGUAAUUCAGAUGAUCUUUCUCAAUUCUCUCCAAAAGACAUUGAAAACUUUACUUCUACACAAAAGAUUGUUUUCUUGGAACGUUUAACUGACUGUGAGCCUUUGCCUCAUAACUUACUUGCCAAGAUGGAUGAACUUUAUGAAAUGACACCUAUUCGUAAUGCUGAUAUUCGUUUCCGUUGGCAACAACUUUGUGUUAUGGCAAGCUAUGAAAAGAUUUACCCUAGUGUUGUUGAAUUCAUUACAGAACAAGGUCGUAUGAAGUUUGUUCCAAAGAAUGGUGCUGAAUUAGCCCAAGAAACUUUCUUAAAGCAUAAGCAUUUCUAUCAUCCUAUUGCUGCACAACUUAUUGCAAAGGAUAUUAAUUUGAAACAAUAA